AUGAUGUGCUCCCCACUGCUCCACCUUCCUCACUACUCCCCCUCCCCACUGCACCAUCCUCCCCACUGCAACAACCUCCCCAGUGCAGCAACCUCCCCACUCAAAUCCUCCCACUGGCCACCACCUCCCCAUUGCAACCGAACCUCCAACUGCAAACCUCCCCCACCUGCACAUCCUCCCCCACGUGCAACACCUCCCCACUGCACCAACCUCCCUGCAACAACCUCCCCACUGCAACAGCCUCCCCACUGCACCAACCUCCCCACUGCAACAACCUCCCCACUGCAACAACCUCCCCACUGCAACAACCUCCCCACUGCACCAACCUCCCCACUCCAACAGCCUCCCCACUGCAACAACCUCCCCACUCCAACAGCCUCCCCACUGCACCAACCUCCCCACUGCACCAUCCUCCCCACUGCAACAGCCUCCCCACUGCACCAACCUCCCCACUGCAACAGCCUCCCCACUGCACCAACCUCCCCACUGCACCAACCUCCCCACUGCAACAACCUCCCCACUGCACCAUCCUCCCCACUGCAACAACCUCCCCACUGCAACAACCUCCCCACUGCAACAACCUCCCCACUGCACCACCUCCCCCACGCCACCAUCCUCCCCACUGCAACACCUCCCCACUGCACACCUCCCACUGCACAGUCCUCCACCAUGCACCACAACCUCCCCACUGAAAAACCUACACCUGGGGGCACCACUCCCCCCUGCACAUCCGCCCCAAUGCAACAACCUCCCCACUGCACCAAUCUCCCCACUGCAACAGCCUCCCCAAUGCAACAACCUCCCCACUGCAACAGCCUCCCCACUGCACCAACCUCCCCACUGCAGCAACCUCCCCACUGCAACAACCUCCCCACUGCAACAACCUUCCCACUGCAACAACCUCCCCACUGCAACAUCCUCCCCACUGCAACAGCCUCCCCAAUGCUCCCCCUCCCCAUUGCAACACUCCCACUGCAAUCAACCUCCCCACUGCAACAUCCUCCCCCCACUGCAACAACCUCCCACUGCACCAACCUCCCCACUGCAACAACUUCCCACUGCAACAACUCCCCACUCUGCACUAAACCGUCCCCACCGACAAACCUCCCCACUGCAACAACCUCCCCACACUGCAACAACCUCCCACUGCAACAACUUCCCCACUGCAACAACCUCCCCACUACACCAACCUCCCCACUGCAACAACCUUCUCAGUGCUUCCUCUCCCCACUGCAACAACCUCCCCACUGCUCCCCCUCCCCACUGCAACAACCUCCCCACUGCAACAACCUCCCACUGCAACAACCUUCCCACUGCAACAACCUCUCACUGCAAUAA